GAGGAGGGACGCUUUUGUUCUGCAGAAAAAGGGGGCUUGUUCCUUGCAGAUCGCCCUUCCAUUUUAACCAGGGGUGUGAGUGCGAACAAGGGGUUGACAUUGGAGCCUGCGAUGGGAGUAGAGGAGGGGAGACGGGAGUCGCCAGUCCUGCACUACCGAACACUGAAGCAACAUCACCCGCUCUGAACGCACGGGACGCGCACGUUAUCCACCACGCAAAAGCCAGAUAUAAACUCUCUACAACAGGAUACACUGGAUGAUAGCGAUUGAGGAUUCUCUGAAGGAAUUACAAAGAGAUAGCAAUCUGCAGCAAAUUAACUGUCAUCUUCAUUGGCUUCGGAUGACCUUGCAUUUGUAUCCUUAUUAUUAGGACACUCAUCCAGCGUUUUCUUUGCCAAAACUUGAAUGCACCUCUCGUCUAAGUAAGUGCACUUAAACGUUGCUAAUCGAGAGGGCCGCCUGACAGAUAGACAGUUAUUAUCAAUAAUCAAUUAUCAUUAAUCAUUAUUAUCAAUUAUCAUUGUCACAGUUUCACAUUUUACUGGCAAGGUUGCCGAUCAGUUGUAAGCGCCAACCUUGCCAAAACAGGCUAUGGACAUUUAUUUGACAUGAAAUGUACCCACAUUUGUACAAAAAAAUAAUAGGCUUAAUCACUUCUUUCACCAUCUUUGGUCGUUUUGGAUUUCAAUGAAGUUUUUGAAGAGCGACUACUUAAUCAAUUGCAACCGACACCAGUGUUUCACACAGCUUACCUUUACCAAAUAACCUCGAUUUUGGAACACUGCAAGCCCUGUGGUCUGUAUUUAUCGAAGGAACAAUCAACACAAUCAACAUGCGACGCCUCCCUUCCCGAUUGAGUUAUCUGUUCCUACACUUCUUCGCAUUCUGUUACUAUGCUCAGGUAACCAAUCAGUCCUCGCCUAAUUUCACGCAGCAUGUAAGCGAGCAGAGCAAGGUGACAGACCGUGUGAGCCGCAGGUUAAUUCGGACCUAUCAACUUUACAGCCGAACCAGCGGGAAGCAUGUGCAGGUUCUGCCCAACCAGAAGAUCAACGCCAUGGCAGAAGAUGGAGACAUACACGCCAAACUCGUCGUAGAGACGGACACGUUUGGAAGUCGCGUGCGGAUUAAAGGAGCAGAGACAGGAUUCUACAUCUGCAUGAACAAGAAGGGAAAGCUGAUCGGGAAGAAAAAUGGGCAAGGCCGCGACUGCAUCUUCUCAGAGAUUGUCCUGGAGAAUAACUACACAGCGCUGAGGAACGCACGCUUCGAGGGUUGGUACAUGGCUUUCACCAGACGUGGACGCCCCCGGAAAGGCUCGCAAACACGGCAGCAUCAACGCGAGGUCCAUUUUAUGAAACGACUGCCUCGGGGAUCCAAUCCCACUCACCCGGCCCAGCACAAGGCCUUUGACUUCGUCCACUACCCCUUUAGCCCCAGGACUAAACGCAUACGCUACUCAGCCGAAGGCUGAGGGGGGCAGAGAGGGUGAGACAGAGGAUAGAAAACAAUGACUGAAGCAAGAAUUAACUCCUUUCCAAAACCUCUAGAGACAUUUUGUUUGUACUGAGCGUUACUAUACCUAACAUGUAGUUUUUCUAUUUUUUUCAAAAAGUACAUUUUUUUAAAAGAAAAACCCCAUAACAAAUAUAUUUUUGUACCUGAUACUUUUAGUACUGAUGUGUUGUUUUUAGAUGCACAUAACUCAUCAUCGAACAUUUGGGGUGCUGACAUUUUAGUAAAGCGUGGACUUUGUAUUGUCUCUCUGUAUUUUGGGUUGUGUUUUUGCUUUUGUUUGACUGUUCAGAGUCGUUUGGACUCACACCUGCUGCUCCAAGAGACUUGAAGGGCCCUGAUCGACCGCACUGACAGAAAAUGCUGCGUUCAGAGACACAUACAGUACAUACACACACACACACACACACACACACACACACACACACACACACACACACACACACACACACACACACACACACACACACACACACACACACACACAGCAUCGAUGCUGCAUUCAGGAGCACCACGUUGAGUAACGUUGUGUUCAGUAUCACACACAGCCACAACACCUCUGUUGAACGCUGUGGUGUGACCUUGCUACUUUGGGAAUUCUAUAGAGACAAACGCUGUUAAAGCAAACAGUGCUUUAGGUACACACAAUGGAAAAUGUGGCAGCUAUAUUGAUAAUCACAGGUUUCCUGCAAUGGUUAUAACUGUAAAUUAGAGGUGUAAAAAUGCAUUGAUAUGUCGGAAACCCCCUUUGUUUUUGUUACCCUGUCUGUUUUUAUACAUAUAUAAAUCUAUUUUUAUUUUAAGGAUGUGUACAAAUAAUUUUAAUGAUGGAUUAUUUAUUUAAAAUGUGUAAUAAAUGUACAUUAGAAUACUGAUAUUAAACUCUUGUUUGUGA